AUGGCCCUUGGCGUUCUCGCCGUACAGGCGCAGCAAACAGCCUCCAACAGCAACAAGCCUAGUUAUCCGGCCUGUGCCACGAAAUGCAUCGCCAGCGCUUUCCGCGGUGGCCUCUGUGCUCCCACGAACCAGACUUGCAUCUGUACCGAUGAGCAAUUUCAGCUCAACGUUACUCUUUGCGUGUCAGCUACCUGCACUAUAACCGAAUCUCUUGCUACCAAGAAUGCCAGUCUUACGAACUGCGGUGCCCCCGUGCGCAACCGGGCUGAGGGAUACGUGGUCUUGUCCAUCAUCAUGGCUGUCAUGGCGGCAAUCUGCGUCUCGGGUCGUUUCGCGUACAAAAUCUUCUUCGCCGGCCUCGACAUCGGCUGGGAUGACUGGUUCGUCCUGGCGACGCUGAUCGCCGCCAUGCCGAGCAUCAUCAUCACCGUCCACGGCACGACCGCCAACGGCCUGGGCAGGGACAUCUGGACGCUUCAUCCGCAGCAGAUCACCAACGUGCUCUUCUACUUCUACCUUAUGGCGUGGCUGUACUUCCUGCAGGCCGCUCUGGUGAAGCUCGCCAUCAUCUUCUUUUACAUGCGCAUCUUCCCGGCUCGAGAAGUGCAGCGCAUUCUCUGGGGAACGGCCAUCUUUAUCAUUGCAUGGGGUUUGGCUUUCGUCCUCACCGCUGUUUUCCAAUGCAAACCGAUCCAUUACUUCUGGACUAAGUGGGAUGGGCUGCACGAAGGCAGUUGCGCGGAUGCCAAUGCCGUCAGUUGGUCGAAUGCCUCAAUCAGCAUUGCCUUGGAUCUUUGGAUGCUGGCGAUUCCGCUCUGGCAAUUGAGGUCUCUAAAGCUCCAUUGGAAGAAGAAAGUCGGCGUGGUGCUAAUGUUUGUCAUUGGCACAUUUAUGACUGUCGUGAGCAUUAUUCGCCUGCAAUCACUUGUUGAUUUUGCAAAGGGACACAAUGCCACAAUGGAUUUCUUGGACGUCAGUGUAUGGAGCACGAUUGAAGUAUCCGUGGGCAUCAUGUGCGCAUGCCUGCCCUCUAUGCGAAUGAUCCUCGUGAAGAUGUUCCCAUCCAUGUCUGGAUCGACGCUCCGGAGCAAGGGAAGACAGUACUACAAGCAGUACGGCAGUGACAACAGGUCAAGAACAGUGGAAAGCCAUCCACGCACCAUCGGCGUCGUCUCGGUAAACAGGAACGACCCAGCCCCGGAAGGCGGAGACCGGCAAAUCAAGUUCCAGAAAACCUUCCUUGUCUCUUACAGCGACAGUGAUGAAACGGAUCUUGUGCCAAUGAAAGAUAUCCAGAGGCCAGGGAGAGCGCACCAUUAA